AUGGAGGACGACAGCCACUAUGUCAAUCUUCAGCAGGCCCGCGAGUAUCUGGAGAAGAACUCCAUCCCAAAGCUGCUCGAGAGCCUUCUUGCCCGCGCCGUGCUUGAGCGACCGCCGGACCUGCGCAACUUCCUCAUAGAAUCCCUGCGGGAUCUGAAGGCGCAGAGAGAAUCCCCAUCGAUGGAGCUCUUCACCGUUGAGGACAUAGAGACCAUGUUCGACAUGUGGGACUAUGACAAGGUGGGGAUGAUCGCGGCAUCCAAAGUCAUGGAGACUUUGAAGGCAGUAAACUGCAGCGAUCUCAGCGAGGAGGAGCUUCGAUCGAGACCCUGGUCUCAGCUGUCAGAAGUCGACAAGACCUCCUUUGUGAAGUACGUGAGGCAGGAGCUCGAGACCCGGACCGCCAAGAUGCUGAAGUAA